AUGUAUUACGCCACAGAAUGUAUGAUUCCCUUGUGUGUGCCUCUCGGAGUAGCCAUUGCAGCUCACACCGUGUACCUUGUUGAAUGCGCCCUGAGGAGGCUGCGAAGGGUGGUGGGUGCGACCCUCCCUACCUUCUUGUCCUUGGGGAAGUCAGUGGUCAGCUGCUGGGGAUCAGGUGAGGUGGCUGGCGUCAUGGAUACUAAAGUCCUGCAUUUCAGAGGGUACAUGAAAAUGUCGGCUGCACUGACCCUCCUCACCAUUACUCUGUGUCUGUAUGUGAGUCAACAAAACACCAGACACUGUCCUCUACCAUCUGAAACAUGAAGUCAAUCAUUCAAAUCAGCUGGAAACACUAUCACCCUCACUCUCAGCUGGAUAGGCAUGCUUCUGUAGAGGAUGCUCUUGUCUUUUAUAAUGGAGAAACAGAGUUACUUUUGUUUUCUCAUAUUCCUGUUUGUCUGUGCCACCUGUGGGCUGAAUGUAAAGUUCAAUGUCCCUGAGACCGAGAAUCUGACAGCGCAGGAGACAGAGUUUCAGGAUGCACUACAAAUUUGGAUUAUCAUAGAGAACAAAAAUCAGUUGAACAGAAACCCAGCUGAAAUAAAAUAG